ACCAAUCAGCGCGCGGCGCGGGGGAAGGGGGCGCGGCCGCCGCACGCCGACCAAUCAGCGAGCGCGGGGCGGGGCCGGGGGCGGGGCCUAAGGAGUGACGCCUCUUUUGGCGGGUUCUCCCGCUCCGCCCCCUUCCCUCGUUACCCUGUGACGUCACACGGGGCGGGGCCUGCACGGUCAGCCUCGUGACAAGGGGCGGGGCCAGAGGGACCCCAAAGAGCUUUAGGGGGCCCCAGAGGUUCUAUAGGCACCCCCAGCACAGCUUUAGGGAGCCCCAGAGGUUCUAUAGGGACCCCCAAAGGGCUUUAGGGGACCCCUGAGGUUCUAUAGGCACCCCCAAAGAGCUUUAGGGGGCCCCAGAGGUUCUAUAGGCACCCCCAGCACAGCUUUAGGGGGCCCCAGAGGUUCUAUAGGCACCCCCAGCACAGCUUUAGGGGGCCCCAGAGGUUCUAUAGGCACCCCCAAAGAGCUUUAGGGGGCCCAGAGGUUCUAUAGGCACCCCCAAAGGGCUUUAGGGGGCCCAGAGGUUCUAUAGGGACCCCCAGCACAGCUUUAGGGGGCCCCAGAGGUUCUAUAGGCACCCCCAGCACAGCUUUAGGGGACCCCAGAGGUUCUAUAGGCACCCCCAGCACAGCUUUAGGGGACCCAUGCAGCACCGCAGAGGCUGCAGGAUCCAUAAGGAGCCGCAAAAUCUCCACAUCAGCCCCGGGGGGGGCCUCACAGAGGCUCUAUAGGGUCUGUAAAGCCCCCCCAAGGGCAUUAGGGACCCCAAGAAGCCCCGCAGAGCCCCUAAACCGUCUCUGCAGAUGCUGCAGUGUCCAUAGGGGCCCCCAGGACCCCCCAAAGGUGCCACAGGGACUCCCCUGGGGGAGCUUCAGGCCCCCCCCUCGGGUGCAGCCCAGGGGCGCGGCUCCAGCCGGGGGCGGGGCCUGGGGGCGACUGAAAACCCCCCAGGUCCCCUCCGUGCCCCGCACACCUGAGACCCCCCCGAUGGCUCCUCCACCGCCCCCCGGCCACCUGAGCCUGGCCCGCGGGGUCCAGCCCCCCCUGUACCAGGACGCCGUGGCCCGCCGGGCCCUGCGGCCCACCUUGCUCAGGAGCGUCUCGGUGCCGGCCGAGCCCCCCGCGCCCCCCGCCAUGGAGGUCACCUACGCCGUGGUCAACAAGCCCCGCCGGGGGGGCGGGGCCGCGGGACGAGGCCCCUCCCCAUUGGACCGAGACCACGCCCCCUUCGCACGAGACUCCGCCCCCUCGGGCACGUGCUCGCUCCCGGGCAGCCCCGUGCGCCGCCCCUCCCCCAGCCCGGCAGGCUCCCCCAGACCCACUGACGGCGCCUACGAGGUCGUGACGCCCCCCGCAGAACCCCCCCCUGCAGACCCCGGCAGCGGCCCCUGCCUCGGGUUUAACUUCCGCAUCGGGAAGCCCAAGGGCCCGCGGGACCCCCCGGCCGAGUGGUCCCGCGUGUGAGGGGGGGGCCGGAUCCCGGGGUCCCCCCCCUCACCUCCGCAGAGGAGGGGCCACAGCAGAGCCCGGCCGGUCCUUACAGAGGCCGACUUAGAGAAAAACCAUUUAUUGUGCCAAAUAAAAACCCAUUCCCAUUGA